UGCACCCGCUCCGCCGGCCAUCAGUUGCCGCUAGACCACCCUCCUACAUUGUCGAUCGUUAGUUUUAGUGCUGUGUGUGGAACUUGUAUCAAAAUGUGCUCCUCUUUCCGGAUAGCCGUUGUCUCCGUUAUCUGUGUGGUCGUAGCAAGCGGCCAUGUUCACGGACCACGAAGAUCCCGCAGAAUGGACGUCGACGAUUACGCACAGAACGAAAUCGACAGUGGAAGAGCCGAGGACAGCUGGUGGCCUUCAGCCGAGUUCGCAGUAUUACAGAAAGUUUAUGACGACUGCAGUUCGCAGAAACAUUUGACGAUGUGUCUGAAAGGCAAGGCGCUCACAGCUCUCACGAGGGCGGUCGAACAGGAGAGCGUGCAGCUCGCGGAUGGGCUGACACUUGUGAAGCAGUACGACACACCCGCCGCCGUCUCUGAGCCUCGCUUUAUGCCGGGCAUGUCUACGGAAGAUAAGCUCGACACACUUCUCCGAACUAAAUUCGAGCAAUUGAUGAACACGCAUACCGUAUCUAUGGAUCUCACAGAGGGCAGAGGCAGAGGAAAGAAAGUCCUACCGUACCUGCUCCUCGGUAUCUUCACAACCGUGAGCAUCGUAGGAGGUAUGGCCCUGAAGACUCUGGCCGCUAUCGCUGGCAAAGCCCUCAUCGCCAGUAAAGUGGCAUUGACCAUUGCUGGAAUUAUCGCCCUCAAGAAGCUGUUCAGUCACGACGGUUCUACGGGUGAAACUACGUUCCAGGUGCACGCAGAUGGACACCAUAGGCGGAAUCUGUAUGUGGUGAGGCCAGCGAAGGCAAGCGCGGACCCUUACCGGUACUACGCCGAGCAGACGACCGCGAGCGCGUAGCAUGGCCGAGCAGCGGCCAGCGGGCACCGAUCGUCGGCUCGCCCGCGCCACUCCGACCCGUCGCUCAUCGCCAUUCGUCAAACGACAUCGCCGCGCCAAAACCCACACAAAGAACCUCAAA